ACAGAUUUAUCGACAUCGGCAAUGUCAGGGUCUGUGUUUCAGAAUUAUCAAGUUCCUCUCAAUUGGUGGGGAUAUGGUAUGCCUCCAGAGUUUUUUGUUCUGGAACAUCUCAGGUAACUGACUUAGCAGGGAAGGCUCCUAUGACAUCAGCACCCCUAGUUUCGCCGAUGACUCAAAUUCUUCAGUAUUCAACAACUACUACUGCAAGACCUAUUACAGGGAAUUUUCAAAUGCCGACAUUCCAGAUGCCUAAUGCAAAUUCAUCGGCAAAUCCGUUGCCAACUCAACCGAGGUUUGUGACUCAAACAGGUUAUGCCAAUCCAGCAAUGACAACUAAUUAUUAACCAUCGGUAGGACAUAUGCCGAUGAACGCCAAUAAUGGUUGGACAGAGCAGUUGUUCUUUCCACAUGUGACAUAGUAGAAUCAUCAGGCUGCGGGAUUCCAGCAAGGACACAUGCAAGUCGGUUUUCAGAAUCAAGGACCAGUAAAUCAGCCGAUGAAUCUCGCUCAACAGGUUGGUGGUCAACAAGCUAUGGCCAAUGUAAUGUUUCUUGGAGACUGUGUACCCCAGAGACACGUGGAAGCUUAUCAGCAGGUGCCAGAAAUUCAACCCGCACAUCGGUAGGAUGCCGAUGCCUAUUGGGCCGAUAAGAUAGCAGAGGUCAUGAGAGACCAGUUUGGAAUAAAACAUAAGAGAAUGGUGAUCCUCUCUCCAGGGUGUGUUGCUCCAUCAGUUCACCGUCCAUCAGUUCACCGUAAUUUUCUGCCCAGAUGGUUGCUGCUGAACAAUAGCUCGAGAAUGUAUUGCCAUGUCUUUCCAGACAGAAUGAAACCAAAAGGACAAAACAAACAUCAGAGGAUGCCUUGCUUCUCCAAGGGGUCUUCCUUUCAAGAUCUGGUGCCCUCUGUAAAGCCUUCACGCCUUCUUCCAGCAGAGGAACUAAAGACAUAUCCCAAUACUGUUCCUGAGGAGAUAUUUAACACAAUCAUACUAGAUGACGCUGAUUCGUUCUAUAUGCUGGAGCUUAGCACAAGUAGAGAAUUUAGUUCAUCUUUGGAGAAAAAUUCUGCAAUCUUAAUCUGCUUGAUUGAUGUUGAUGGUGACUCCUUGCUACAAAGAGUACCGGCAAUCUAUUUGGGUCAACCUACACUUGGAAUUAAGACAGCGCAACUGAUACCCUUCCAAAGUGGUUCAGUUGAUGUUGUCACUUUCAAGGCCUCAAAACUGAAAAGGAUUAAAGAAGUCUGGAUCGGUCUAGAAUCAGGUUCAUGGAGAUUAGAUGGUUUGAGCUUGAAAGUAAUACAUGGACCGGUUGAUCCACCUAAAGAAAUUAAUGGAACUCCUGAACAUAAGUUCAAUGGUUUGCAGUACACUUUUGAGAAAAUAAAUGAGCUUCUUGGAGAUGAUGGAGCUUCAGUAGCUGAAGCAAGGCCUGUGGCUGUCACUGACCUCUCAGGAGUCGGCCUUUCCGAUCUUCAAGAAGGGUUGUUAUCCUCAGAAAGCAAAGCUUCAAGCGUUAAGGAACUAAGAGAGGAUGGGUUGAGAGAGUAUGCUGACCUCAAACAAUCUCUGCUGCUCUAUGAUGCAUCUAUAGUGAUCACUGGCUUCUCCGCCUUCACCUUGGCUUCCAAUGAUAGCGCCGCCUAUUCGUUCCUGAUAGGUGGCAUUGGUGGGUUCCUCUAUCUGUUGCUGCUCCAAAGAUCAGUUGAUGGUUUGCCUGUGAUCACUUCACCUUCAGAAGCUGGCAGUGCACAGCCCUCGGUAACAGGUUUCAGUGGUGUAAGGAGGCCAUGGUUGAUACUAUCACUAGUACUGGUUGCAGGCGCAGUUGCACUGAAGUAUGGUGCUGGAGGUGAUAGCUUUGAACUCACACCGACGGAGCUCUUUGUUGGCACCGCAGGGUUCCUAGCAAACAAGGUUGCUGUUCUUCUUGCAGCAUUCAUGCCUAUGCUAAGUGACUCGAAGAGUGAAGAUGGAUCUGGGGACAUCAAUUAACUGGACUUUAAAAAUAGGUUCGUACUAGUUUCAUAUAGAAGCUCUAUAUUCAAGAUGUGAAGGUAGUCUCAUAUAGAAGCUCUAUAUUCAAGAUUUGAAAGCAAUUAGCUGAUGUGCAGAGGGCAAAUCCUAGUCUCUGAACCAGAAAACUGAACCACGUCGCUAGAUCAUGAUGGUAACUGAGUCCAAACUUCAAUCACCGCAGCAGGUCGCAGGCAUGGUAUCUUUGCAAGGGUUCAAUUCACAGCAAGGGUUCUAGUGUUGUGGUACUUAGAAGUCAGAAACUUGAGUUGUAGUACUCAGAAAUCAGACACUCAAAUGUUAAGAUGAUCUACAGACUACAGGAACAUGACUACACCAGUACCUCCAGCUCCAGAAACGAGCUCGGAAAACAUGAUGAUUGUACGAGAACAAUGCCCCCAUUGUUGUAUGUGAAUAUGACAUUUGUGAGGUAAAUAUACAGUAACAACUAUCAAAACAAAAUGCUUGCCGUUGCUCCAAA